AUGGCACCUCGGAGUAAACAAGAACUUGAUGCCCUCGCUGUCAUUGAUCCCGAGAUCGAUGCCGCUCUUAAAUCAGGCAAACUUCCCAUCCCGUCCUUCGACUAUUCAGACCGUACAAAUGUGAUAUCCCAACUUCGUGCUCUCGAAGCCUCCUUCCCAAUACCACCAGCCAUUGAGCCUGUCUUGGAAACGGCAACGAAGUAUACAACACGAGACAAUCAAGAGCUGAACCUGUUCGUCUUCCAACCUGCUCAGAGUUCCAACAAACCCAAGCCAUUGAUCAUCUUCUACCAUGGCGGCGGCGGCUCCUUGGGCUUUGCUUACAGUGCGGCGCCAUUGGCACGCAACCUGGUACUUCUCCAUGACGCUGUGGUCAUCAGCCCCCAAUAUCGACUUGCACCCGAGCAUCCAUUCCCGACAGGACCCAACGAUGCUUGGGAUGCCUUCGCAUACAUUGCCACUAACGCUGCCACCUUCUCAGCUGAUCUAAGCGUCGGGUUCAUCGUCGGCGGAGUCAGUAACGGCGCCGCCUUGACCAGUGGAAUCGCGCUUCGAGCUCAAGAAGAUCCGGCUUUGCCGAGGAUCACAGGCCUGCUUUACUCUGCACCUGGCUUCGUCGGCUCUGCAGACUCUGUGCCUGCAGAGUACAGAGAUAGAUAUCUCUCACGCACGGAUCCGCGCUGUCUGACUGCCCCUAUCCUGUCUGAAGAUUUGAAAGCGGUUUUCAAUGCCGUCUAUGGCGCUCCGGAAGAUCACCCGCUGUACCGAGCAUUCAACGUCCAACCGUUCUCAAAGCAUGCGGAAACCGCGCCCAAAGCCUACUUUCAGGUGUGUGGAAUGGAUAUCCUACGUGAUGAUGCAUUCGUCUAUGCGAACAUAUUGGAGGGAUUAGGCGUGCAGACGAAAGUAGACGUGUAUCCCGGCACGCCGCAUGUUUUCUGGGCCGUCUUCUCGUGGAUCUCGCAGGCCCAGAAAUGGAAAGAGGAUACCGGGAAAGGCGUGGGCUGGUUGCUGGGGAGAGCUUGA